ACUGUGCUCUUCUCUUGUAAACCAUUGUCCUGCGAAGUGCUUGGUGGGCUGGGCUGGCUUUGAGUGGGGAGGGUUCGUUCCCAGCCCCGGCCACCUCCAUCUGGUGCUGGUGCUGCUCCACAGGGCUGCCCUGUUGGGCACUGCCUGGGAGGCACCAGGCACAUCUCGCAUUUGCGUUGAGGUGGGGUGAGGUGUUUUGGUGUGAUGGUGGUGUUGGUUCAGAGCACAGGGAUGGAACCUGCUGCACCCAGACAGCUCUGGGCAUCCCAGCAUGUUUCACCAGGAACGUGUCCAUGAGGCCGCAGUUCUCUUGGAGGUCUCACCAACAAAGCCAACCCCAGCUCCAGGGACACCCCGUGUCAGCCCCUGUCUCUCCCCAGUCCCACCUCCGGUGUUGGGGAUUUUCCACCAUGAGUGCUCCUGCUGCUCCUGGCACUGUUAGCAUUGAGGUGUGCUAGCGCAGAAAUCUGGCUGAGCCUCCCUUGGGCUCAAGGUAACUUGUGCGGGUAACUGCUCAUGUGGUUUCAUUUUAUAAUCAUUACUUGUGCAAAUUAUUCAUUAAUGGAAAAAUAUACAGAGAGCCUUUGGGGAACCUGCUGCAUGAACAAGCCCAUGAAAUGCCCUUUGCAAACAGCACAGCAGAAGCGCCGUUGCUAAGCUCACCGCUCGGGUUUUUGGUGAACUAAUGAGAAGUUUAAGUCAACGUUUACAGCUCUGGGGCAAUCUCGGUGCGUUUUCUUUUUCUGUGCCUUGUACAUCAUGCUGUGCUGCGCCCUGGUUUUAAAUUUUUUUUCAGGGUCUUUGUAACAAUUCUGAGGCAGAAUUGUUGCACCUUCUGUGUAAUUGUUGGACCUUCUGUGCCCACCGUGGGCACUGAGUGCCUUCGCGUGGCUGCACGCUUGGCUGUGGGGCGGUGACCACGGUGUGCACACGAGGGGCUGCAGCUGGGUGCUGGGCAGGGCUGUGAUCCCACAGCCCAGGAGUGCUCAUCCCCUGUGCUCCCCUGCACCGUCAGCCUGAUACGGGGGCAGAUGCUGUUUCUGGUUUCUUUCUUUCUUUAUUUUUUUUUUCUUUUCCCUUCCUACAUAAUGCAUUUUGGUGAUAGCAAACCAUCUUUGCUGCUGAGAUGUGUUUUUCCUGACACAUGAGUGCAUGUCUGCAAAGCCUCUCGGAGCACGACAGGGGAAGGAAAACUACUUCCUAAGAGGUGACUUCAAGCACUCGUGAAGUGCAGCCAGAGCUCUGCUGAGUGCAGCUAUGGGAGCAGUGCCUGCAGUGACCCCUCCAAGCAAUGUGCUUUUCAUGGAGCAGAAGCUCCUUUCCACUGUUAUCAGUCCCUGUCACAUUGCAGCAGUGCCAUGCUGGCCCCAGCAUGAUGCCGGGUGCUGCUGGGGGCUGCAGGGCCCCGGGGUGCUCUGCCCACAGUGCAGGAGGGGCUGUGGCCACACAGUGUCACAUGUGACCCAGAGGUGUUCGCACAGCUGCAUGUCCCUGCAGUUGCUCCAUCUAUUUGCAGCUGAUGCUUUCCACAACCUCUUAGCACUUUGGCUUUGUGCACAGAUUGCCUCGCAAAAUGUUUCUGUAAUUGGGGCCCAGCCAGAGCCACAUUAGAUAUUUGUAAAAGCCGUUUUGGUUUUCUAACGCCCUCUUAUUAUUGCUGCAACCUUCUGGCUGGGAUGCCAGGCGUAGGCAAUUUGCUCCACUGUAUAACUUGUUAACAAAGAGACGAACUGCUGCCUCCACGCCAGGAAGUGCUUCAAGAGGCCUCGUGUGCUGCAGAAUCAAAUGUGACCUGCAGAAGUCAGGUGGAGGAGAGCAGUGAGUGCUGCUGGGGCCUGGAGCUCUCGGCUGCAGAGGGACCCUGGGGUGGCUGUGUGUCCCUGCGGGCUCCUGGGGUGGGAGCGGAGCUGGGGCCCACUCGUGCAGAGCCGCAGAACACAGCAGGCUGAACACAAACACACAGGUGGCACCAGAGCUUCAAAGCAGUUUUUCCCUCUAUCUGUCUCUCCCUUUUCUUUUUUUAAUUUGGCUUUCAUUAGUUCCUAUGGUAACCAUGAAUAUGUCUGAGGGACGUGAGACUGGAGAGAAUAAGUGGAUGCUGCAGAGGGGGGAGCGCCGGAGGAGGGAGAUUGGCAGUCCUGGCAUCGUGGUCAGGGUGUGCACGGCCUCAUUCUGUUCCGGGAGGCAUCGGGACGCACUCGCAGGUGCAGUCGGCGAGCAAACGCACUGCAGAGCUCCGAGCGUCUCUGUGCUGUUCAGGAGCUGCCGCUGAGCUGCUGCCUUUGGGUCUGGCCUCCAAAAUGCCCAGGAAGCUCUGGUGAGUGCAGGUCCAGCCGUGCCCCGUGCCCGGCACGCUCUGGCUUUGCAGCUGGCAGUGCGUGCAGAGCUUCGCUUUGUGCAGCAGUUCUGCUGCUGCAAAGUGUGCAGCACAAAGUGGCUCUGGAGGUGCUGGGGCACUCAGAAGGGUUGCAUUGAGGUUGUGACAUGCGGAGCCAUGGGCUGCUCUGCAGAGCUCAGGUGUGUUUGUGCUGUGAGCCGUGGCCAUGGGCUGCUCUCGGGAGGUGCCACCAAGUGCUGCCUGGCUGCAUGCAGCCCUGCUGGGGGCUGGCAGCUCUCUGGGCUGGAGCUGGUGCUGGGGAGGGUGGGAUGGAGGGAUGCUACUGGCAGGAGCCCCGGGAGACUGACACCAGCACUGCUGUACUGCCAGGUGGGAUGUGUGCAGGCAGGGAUUGGUGUGUGUGGGAGUGGGAUUCCAGCACAGAGCAAUUCUGCAGAUAGAGUCACUUCCAAGGCGGGAAAGUCUUCAUGACAAAGGAUCAUUGUGUGUCACACAGCCGCUCUGGGUCAGGUGAGCUUGCUCACACUGAUCUGCACAGGGCAGAUGCAGGGGCUGCUAGAGCCAGGCAGUCCUAGAGAUGCUCCCACCCCAUCCCGAGCUCAUUGCAGCUCUGUGCUGGGCUCAGUGCAAGGUGGGACGCUGGGAUGGGAUGCGGCUGUGAGCUGCUUGGGGCUGUGCCUAUGGGGACCCUCUGUCUGAGGCUUCUCCUCAGCCCUCGGGGCUCUGUUUGUUUUCUCCACUUUCUUUGUCCUUAUGAAGCAAAAAUCACAACGAAAUUGUGUUUCUGUGGAACAGAAGAGCCCUGUGCACCAACUGCUGCAGUUUUGGGUGUGCACAGCUCACCUUCCCACAGAUGAGUGCACGGUGCUCAUCUGGCAGCGCGGGGCUGAGCGAGGUGAGCUGUGCCCGGGGCUCUUCUGUGCUCAUGGAUCAGAGCUGUGCUAAGGGGAGGGCAGCGAGUUGGCUUCCUGCUGGGAGCUGCGGGGCCGGCUGCCGUUAUGCUGUAUCUGUGUGCUCAGGUCCUGCGGGGACAAGGUCUGGGAAGAAGAUUGUUUGAGAAAAUACCUUUGAUUUUGUUACCCUCUGUGAAAAUGGAUAAUUACGUGUAAAUGUAUAUUUGAAGUUGCCCUCUGGCUGCAGUGGUGCAUACGGCUGUGAGCAGUGAGGCAGCACACUGCGUGCCUUGUUUGGGUGUGCGACUGUGGAUCUUCUGGGCAGCGGGAUCUGCCACCUGAAGCUUUCAGGAGCGGUCCCCUCACCAGCCCGGCUGCUGAUGAAAUUAAUUAGUAAAGAAAUGUGAGAGAAAAAUUGCUUGUGUGGGACCGGUGUGCGAGUUGCACACGAGCAGCGUUCCCGCAGCUCCCGGCUGUGCCCUGGGGAGGUCGGCGUGCGGCGCUGCGGGGCGGGCGGAGCUGCGGGGCGCCUCGGGGCGAGGAGAGCCGCGGAGGCGCUGUGCUCCCACUGCCCACCAGGUGGCGCUGUGCUGCUGCCGGCGGAGGGCGGGGAGGGAAAGGAUGAAGGCGGGGAGCGCCGCGAGGCGGGCGGCGUGUGCGGGGCGGUGCUGCAGCCGUGCAGGGAACACCGGAGAUUUGAAUUAUGGUUUGUGCUUGGGCUUUUGGGGCAAAAAAUAAGCACACUUCCCAGACGAGUGCGGGGCAGAAUCUCCGCGUGGCGCUGUGCACGGAGGAGGGAUGAUGGCUUACCGUGCGUCAUCCUGACCGGCUGUAAGACGCCCUUCUCACCCUUGGGAAACGCUUCUUCGUUUGUGACGCUUCUGUUGUCAGCUGUAUUGAUUUUUAUGGAUGUGCAUGCAGCUCAUUUCAUCAAAACAAAUUCUUCCGAGCUUUUCCGGUGUGAUCUUUCUCGGUCCCCUGACUGUAAUCUCAUCCCUUUUUUUCUAUAAAGUUUUUCUGGAAAGCUAACCAUCUGUGAUGGGCCCAUAAAUCAGCUGCUUCCCCUUGUGCACGUUUGGGUUGGCUCUCACAGUGUUUCAUGUGGCAGCAAGGGGAGGGGAAGCAGGAUUCACUCAGAAAUGGAUUGAUCACUUAAAAAUGUCAGUGCAAAGAAGUAUCAGGGGAAUGCAGCGUUGUUGCUUUCUGUGGCUGCUGUUGGAUCUGAGGAAUGUGGCAGAGGGGAACACCACCUGAGAUGCUGCAUGGAGGUCUGAGUCCUUCUGGCAGUCAGAGUGCUUUAAACAAACAAACAAGCAAACACAUAAACAUUAAAGUCCAAACAAACAAACAGUAAAAACCCUCCGCUCUGGGUGGGUUUGGGCUCGUGUCCAGCACUAUGCAGCAUGACUCAAUCCUGCUCUGGGGGGAGAAGAUGGCACACAUGGAGCAUUUCCCUUCUUCUCACGCAUGACCAGCAGUGGGCACACAGACAUGGCUUGUCUCUGCUCUGUGCUGUAUUUGCUGCCCUGCAAAGGGCUGUACCUGAAUGCACGCAGUGCUGAAGGCACAGAGCCCUGUGCAGCGCGGGGAAGCGGAGGUGGGAGUCAGUAAUUUAAAGGGAGGAAUGUAUAAAGCAGUGAAAGGAGGGUGAAAGUAGGGCAGUGCGUCUGGUGUCUCGGAUGAAUCAUCGGCCAGCUCUCGCUGCUGCUGCUUUAUUUGCUCCUCAUGCAAAGAAGUUGGUGUCGGUGUGUUUUCCUCACUGGUUUGGGUUGCUGGGCUGUGGAACAGGACAGCGCAGCGCUGUGCCGGGCUGGUGCAGGUGGUGGCUGCCUGUCCCAUAGCGUGGUGCUUCUCUGAAAUCUGCGCUUUGCCCUCGUGACAGCGCUGCUGUGGGGCUGAGAUAGGAUGGCCCUGCCCUGCCCUUCCCACAGCAGCACAGGGGUGCCCUGGCGCUGCACUGGGGACGUGCUCUGACGCUGCUGCUGGGCCCGGGUCAUCUGCAGGCAGAUGGGACUGCAGAGGGUGCUGAGGGCAGCACGCUGCCAUUGCACUGCCGUCCUGCCAGCCUUCCUGGGCUGCUACAGCAGGCAGCUCUUGGGCUGGUGUGGCUGUCCUUGGGCAGCACUGGAGCAGAGAGCACUGUCACCUCUGGGCCGAUGCAGGCAGGGCAGCUGCAGAAGCAUGCAGCCCUGGGCAGAGCCAUUCACAUGCAGUGCAUGGGGACAUUGGCUGAUGCUGUGUGUGAGAGCAGAACAGCUGUCACAAAUCACAUUCAUUUUCUAAAGGGGGGAAAAAACAACUUGGAAGAAGCCUUGAUAUCCUAUUUUCUUUAUGGACAGAAAUGAAUUUCAGUGGGCACAAAACUGUUUGCUUCUUUUUUUUUUUUUUUUUUUUUUUUUUUUUUUUUUGCUUUUUUUCCUGUGGUACUAUUUAACUCAAGAAGAAAAGUCUGGAAGGAUCUGAGGGGCUUUGGCAUGGUCCUAGCAAGCAGGGGCAUAGAGGCAGAGGUUGGUGCUCCUCAGGGUGGGGGGCACUGAUCUCAUGUGCAAGAGGAAAACUUUUGCAGGUGGAGGGGGAGCUGCCCCUUGGCCCAGGAUGGCUUCUGCUUGUGCCAGCCCUGGGCAGCUGCUGCCACAUGGCACCUGUAAGGCAGAGGUGAGCCAGGGUGCUCAGUUACCUUUUGGACUGGGGCUGCUCACUGCAUGUCGUCCUGCAGGACACCCCAUGCUGGUGGCAGUGCUGUCAGUGCCGUGAACAGGGACAUGGAGGGAUGGAUGGCAGGGGUUGGGUCUGCAAGGAGGGCGCCCACCCCGUGGGACAGCCCCAGCCUUGUGGGGCUCAGCAGCUGGCUGAGGAUUUCCCAAUCCAGCAGUCCCAGCACUGCUCCCCUAUCUGCAGUGAGCAGAUGGUGCUCGCUGUUUCCAGGAAGGGUGGUUAUCACUGCUGCCUCCUCCGGAGCCACCCAGCCCCGUGCCCUGCAGCCAUCCUCAAAGCACGUACCAGAGCGUGCAUGGGAUGGAGGAGCUGUUCCCAGAGAGGGAGCGGCUGCGGCCCCAAGGAGCAGGGAGUGUUUUGGCCAUUCUGCCUGGAAGCAGGAGCUGCUGAGCAGCACGGAUGUGACUCUCCCAGAGCGGCCACUGUCCCCUCCGCUCACUGCCCCCCCCACCAUGAAGUCUGCAGAAUUCUUCGAGAUGUUGGAGAAGAUGCAGGCACCAAAACUUGAAGAUCAGAAAGCUGGAAGCCAAAAACAUAAGGAGGACUACAUCCCAUACCCCAGCAUCGAUGAGAUCCUGGAGAAGGGCAGCCCCUACCCGCUGGUUAUUCUGCCCCAGUUUGGGGGGUACUGGAUUGAGGACCCAGAGAACCUCGGCACGCCCACCUCAUCCGACAGCAGUGUCUGCGAGGAGGAGGAGGAGAACUUCAGCCCCAGCCCCUAUGGGUACAAGCUGGAGUGCAAAGGAGAGGCCAGAGCCUACAGGAAGCACUUCCUGGGGAAGGACCACUUAAACUUUUACUGCACAGCCAGCAGCCUGGGAAACUUGAUCCUGUCCAUUAAGUGUGAGGAGGUGGAUGGCACCGAAUAUUUACGGAUUAUACUCAGGUCCAAAGUGAAGACAUUGCACGAAAGGAUUCCUCUGGCAGGAUUUAGCAAGCUGCCCAGCAUCCUACAGAUCGCGAAGGCCUUCUGUGAUGAUGCCUCUGGACUGAAGUUUAAUCCGGUUCUGUAUCCCAAGGCCUCCCAGAUGAUAGUGGCUUAUGAUGAGCAUGAGGUCAACAACACUUUCAAGUUUGGUGUCAUCUACCAGAAGUUCAGGCAGACCCAGGAGGAAGAGCUGUUCGGCAACAACGAGGAGAGUGCUGCCUUCAGGAACUUCUUAAAUUUGCUGGGAGACACCAUAACACUGCAGGACUUUAAAGGUUUCCGAGGAGGCCUGGAUGUCAGCCACGGGCAGACGGGGGUUGAGUCCGUGUACACCGUGUUCCGGGACAGGGAGAUCAUGUUCCACGUGUCCACCAAGCUGCCUUUCACGGAAGGGGACACCCAGCAGCUGCAGAGGAAGAGACACAUUGGCAAUGACAUUGUGGCAAUUAUCUUUCAAGAAGAGAACACACCAUUCGUCCCAGACAUGAUUGCCUCCAAUUUCUUACACGCCUACAUCGUGGUGCAGGUGGAGAACCCCGAUGCAGACACUGCAUCCUACAAGGUCUCCGUCACGGCCCGGGAAGACGUCCCCUCCUUUGGCCCACCACUGCCGAGCCCGCCAGUGUUUCAGAAGAGCCCCGAGUUCCGGGAGUUCCUGCUGACCAAGCUCAUCAAUGCCGAGAAUGCCUGCUGCAAGUCGGACAAGUUUGCGAAGCUGGAGGACCGGACACGUGCCGCCCUGCUGGACAACCUUCACGAUGAGCUCCAUGGGCACACACAGACCAUGCUGGGGAUGGGGCCCGAGGAGGACAAGCUGGAGAAUGGAGGACAUGGGGGCUUCCUGGAGUCUUUCAAGAGAGCCAUCCGCGUGCGCAGCCACUCCAUGGAGACGAUGGUGGGCAGCCAGAGGAAGCAGCAUGGUGGGGGCAUCCCGGGCAGCCUGAGCGGGGGCAUCGUGCACAACAGCGGCGAGGUGACCAAGACCACCUUCUCGCCCCCGGUCUCGGCAGCCGCAGCCAAGAACCAGUCGAGGAGUCCCAUCAAGCGCCGCUCGGGGCUGUUUCCACGGCUGCACACGGGGUUGGAGAGCCAAGCAGACAGCAGGGCGCGAUGUGACAGUAUUUCUGGAGCACAGAAGACACCAGAUACUGGACAUUCAUCCCAGGAGAUGAAAUCUGAGACCUCAUCCAACCCCAGCUCCCCUGAAAUAUGCCCCAACAAAGACAGGCCCUUUGUCAAGCUGAAGGAGAAUGGCCGGUCCAACAUCUCGCGCUCCUCCUCGAGCACCAGCAGCUUCAGCAGCACGGCGGGGGAGAGUGAGACACUGGAGGAGUACGACAGCAUGGGCAGCCAGCCAUCCACAGCAUCGCCCUUCAAGCAGGACGUGUUCAUCUACAGCGCAUCGCCUGGCAGCGAUAGCCCGAGCGUGGGGGCCGCGGCCACCCCGGUCAUCAUGAGCCGGAGCCCCACAGCAGAUAUAAAGAACAGAAACUCCCCGAGGUCAAACCUGAAGUUCCGCUUCGAUAAGCUCAGCCACGGCAGCUCCAGCACGGUACGCAGCGUGGGGAUGCCCUGCAGGGCGCAGCGCGGGGCUGUGGGGCAGUGCUGCUGUGUGUCGCUGUGCCUUUGUCUGCAAUCCAACCUGAAUUCUGGUUUCUCAUUUAGAGUCACUAGCAGGAAAAAAGGAAGUCGAGAACUUUUCAGCGAGAAUUUUUGUUUCAACAAAGGGAAAACUUCACCACCCCGUGGGAACGCACACACCUCACACUCCAGCACGGUGCCCUCCCCACUGCAGCCAACCCUGUGCCGCCAGAGGACAUCACCUCCCUCCCGGCCUCCGAAGCCCCAGCCCUCCCCGUGCCCCCCUGCCUGCCCUACGGCCCCAGCAGGCUGCGGGCGGGGAGCUGGGCGGGCACCGGAGAGGUCUGGAGUGUCCCUCCGAUGCUCGCACUACCUGUGCACACACACUCCUGGGAGUAUUUUUCCCCGUAGUCAGGCACGGGCAGCUCUGGUUCUCCGCUUUUGGAGCUGGUGUGGCAGUGCUGAGGGACUGGGGCUCACGCGCUGCCCCUGCUGACCCCAUCCCCAGCUCUUGGGCUGCAAAAUACUUGGGGCCGCACAGCCCCAUGCUCCCCCCGGGUGCUGGCACAGGUGGCAGCGGUGCCGUCUGCCCUCUCUGCGUGGCCCGAAUGCUUCUUCCCUGCCCAGAACUUCAGCGUGGGCCCGGGACAGACAGAAGCCAAAGCUGCAUUGUAACUGAAUCCCAAACUGGUGCUCGGAGCACACUGAGCCUGCGGGCUUUGCCUCCUCCCGGGGCUGCUCCAUCCGCCGGUGGCCGGGAUGGCGUUGGGCUGCUCCACCCUUUGCAGCAUCAGCUCCCGCCUCUGAGCGCGCGUCCGUUCGCUUCGAAAGAGGGCGGUUACGGCUCUGCAAGGUGACCUCCCCGUGCCGCUCUGCAGGAGAUGCUUCUGACCACGCAGAAAUCCCUCGGCCCUUAGGGAGCUUUGUCUAAGGUUCGCUGUAAGUCUGUCUACUAUGUUCAGGGUGGUCACGGAUUUCCCCCAUCCACUUUUUAAAUGCUGCAGAGGUGCAGCGCUGCACCUCGCCACAAUCCGUCACCUUUGCAAAAGUAACCGCCAGAAGCGAUGUUCUUCAUUUCAAAUGGAAACCGUUUUUUGAGUUCAUGAUUCCUAACGACACACAGCUGGGAGUGCCGAAGCCGUCCGCGCGCGGCUGCAGCCCCCGCCCCACAAACGGCCCCGGCGGUGCUGUGCGCGCCGUGCCGCCCCGCGUGGCCCCGUCUGAAGGAAGGGCUGCGGGCCGGUGGGGCGGGGAUCCGAUUCACGAAGGAAUCGCGUCGCGGAGAACGCGAGGAGUCCCGACGGGCGCUGAGCGCUCCCUCCCGCGGUCCGUGAAUUGCUUUUAAGUCGCGUUUAAAUCUCGAGCUGCUCUUUGCCGGAGGCGGUUUCCCUCGCUUUGCUGCGCCCCGGGAGCGCCGAACCCUCGCCCUUCCGCGGAGCGCUGCGCUGCGGGGCCGCCGCGUGCCCGGGGCUCGGUGCGGCUUUCCCGAGGAGUUGUGUGGUUCUGUGGGUGUCGUUGUUCGCGCGCGUGUUGAUCUCCGUGAGAUCUUUCAGCAGAUGCAGUGGCUGCUCUCGUCCGGGCUUUUUGUUUUCGGGUCGUUGUUUUGUUUCUGUUAUUACUUGAAUCUGCGAGGUUCCUUCUGACCCGGAGCGGUUUGCUGUUGUCGGAGGGCUGCGGCCCCGGGGCCGAAGCGAUGCGUGGGGCGUCGCGGGCCGCGGUGUGGCUGCGCCGCUCUGCCCGAGCGGACCGUGCGGGGCGCGGCCGUGCGCUGGCGGAGCGCGGAGGGGUUUUUGUGCUCCAGCGGUGGGUGAGGACGUUCCUGCGUAUAUAUUGCAAAACGUUUUGUGCUUCUACGUGACACACGCACACGUGUACGCACCUACAUACAAAUGGAAGUGCUUUUUUUUUUUUUUUUUUUUUCCUGGAUAAAAAGGGACCGUCCUAAGCACAGACUCAGUUUGUUUCCAGAGUUUUGGGCUCUAUGGCGACGGCAGAUGCAGGGCUGGAAUGUUUCCUCGGCACCGGCAGGCACGGUAACCCUGAUGAAAGCCGCUACCCCGGGUUUCUUCAGCUGCUGCUGGGGCAGUUGGUGCCGGGGUGCCGCGUGGCCCCGAUCCCCGCGGGGCACAUUGCACCCACACUGCUGGGCCGCGUGCGGCUGGGAUGCGCUCAGCUCGGAACCUUAGAGCAUGCUUCGUUGUUUGAAGGAAUGUAGCACUGCGUGUAUCCUGUGAAGGAAAAUACUGAAUUUAUAUCAUUAGAAUGUGAAGAGAGUUUUUAGAGUGAAAACAAAUCUUGAAAAAAUGUAUCUGACAGAAGUCUAUUUUUUAUGUGGAGAGGCGGUGCUUCGUAGUUCCUGGUGGCCUAUUUCUGUUGUAAAUAAUGUACAUUUAAUUUAUUGCUAUGGUAGCAGAUUGUAUUUGUUAUGUAUAAAACUAAAGGUUCACAAAUGUAUAUUUUGUUGCUUAAAUGUGUCUUUGCAAAAUUCACAAUAAAUAACAUAUUUUGUGUC